AUGUUUACACUAAAAAGAGAACUUAACAGAAUUGUUGCCAAAACAAAGCAGAAUGAGAAAGCCAGUUUAGUCGAGGAAAGCUCACGAGAAAGAAGAGCAUCUAUUCGAAGUAAUCCAAGUACGUCUAGAGUGUAUGAAAAAGAGUGCAUUUUCUGUGGCAAGAAAGAUAAAUAUAAGAAAGGGAUAAAGGAAGGUUUGACACAAGCUAGAGAACUAAGAGUUAAUGAUUCAGUUAGAAAAGCUGCAAUUAGUAAGCAGGACUCAAGAAUUCUGGCCAUUCUUUCACGUGAUUUGGUUGCAGCCGAAGGUCACUACCAUCGCACUUGUUACAGGCAUUACACCAACAUAAAGGAAUCUGACAAAGGCGAAGAAUGUGAAGAAGACGAUGACAGUGACUAUGUAAAAGCUGAAAGUAGUGCUUUGUCUAGAAUGUUCGACUAUAUUAGAAAUGACCUGUUCAAGAAUAAUGAUAUCAUAGAGCUUUCCAAAUUAAGUGAGAUGCUAAGGGAUGGAUUUUAGAGUCUGGUGUGAAAGAAGUAAAACUAUCAACGACAAAACACAUCCGAAGAAAACUAAAUGAUGAAUUUGGAGACUCUUUGCUGACAAUUCAAACAGAAUCCAACAGAGUCCUUGUGUAUCCUGACAGUCUCACACGAGAGGAACUUGUUCUCUCUAACUACAAACUUCAAAAGGAAGUUAAUAUUUUGAAAGCUGCUCAUUCCAACAUCACCAGUGCUAAGGAGGUAGCUUAUGAGAUUCGUCAAUCUGUCAAAAAUCACUGCAACAAUCAGGAUUGGCCCCCAGACCCUUCGAAACGUGAUAAGGAACACAUUGAUACCCCACUUCUUGUUAAUACAUUUCUGCAGCAUCUACUGAUGGGGGAUGAUUCAGCGCUAACUAAACGAAUGAUGUGGCUAAGGAACUCUAUUGCCCAAGAUUUGGAGUUUGCAAUAACUAGAGGCAGAUAUAAGCCCGUCAAGCACAUAUUACUUGCAUUUGCAGUCAAGUCAUUGACUGGCAACGUUGAGCUAAUCCAGCUGUUGAACCGCCUUGGCCAUGGUAUUGCCUAUACACAACUCGAAGAGAUUGAUACUUCUCUCUGUUUGCAGAAACUUGCUAUGGCAGCAGAAAAUUGUAUUCCUCUGCCUGGCAAUAUACAUCCAUACACAAGUAUCACUUUGGCCUUUGACAACAUCGACAGGAUUGAAGGCACUUUGUCAGGUGGUGGAACAUCACAUCGUGCAAACGGCAUUGCCGUACAA